GGUAAGAAAGGAAAGAGAAAGGAAAAAGCCGGGAGUGCAGCAGACUGAAGGGAGGAAGGAAGAGGAAUGGGGCUGAACAGAGCAGCCUGAGCGCAACACACACACACACACACACACACACACACACACACACACACACAAACACCCUCUCUCUCUCUCUUCCAGGCAGUGAGGAGCGUCAGACGGAGGGAGAGCGAGGCAGCAGCAGGAGUGUGAGGAGGAAGCAGAGCCGCUGAAACAGCAGGCGUCUGCCGCCUGACAGUCCGGACUCAGGGUUUACAGGUCGUCUCUGGCUUUAUCCCCAGGAGCAUCUCUGUGGAGCGAGACCUGCUGCUCCAGCUGCUCUCACUGAGACCAGACCUGCAGACGACAUGAUCGCUCACAGUUUGGAGAUUUAACCGUCACAGCUGGAGAAGUUCAGUCACCUGGACUUCAGACCUGCUGACGAACUUAUUCCUGGCACCUGAAGGCGCCACACGCCGAAGGAUCACCAACAUUCAUCAUCUUACAGGUCUGAGGUUUAGAGAUCUGGACUCACAGGCAGCAGGAUUACAAACAGGGUCCUGUUCAUCACCUGCUGACAGACCUUCAGUGCGGCUCAGGAACUCUUGAAGGGUUAAAUCCUGGUUUUGGAGUUAAUCAUCGUCUCAAGUCGAAUUGUCUCAGCUGCAUCUGUGGAGUCAGAAGUCUGAGUUAAUCCUGGAUUCAGAGCAGAACAAACAUUUAUUAUUUCACACUCACACAGGGAGAAGUUAAAGUUCGAGGAACUCCUGUUUCAUACGGUUUCAUUUUCCAAAGGAAGACGUUUGGAUUUUAGGAUCUGAGAGACACAGACUCAUGGACUCAAGAUCUCAAACCCGGUUCAGGAACCGGAGCAGUGAAAAGUCCUCGGCUGAAACCAACUCUAUUUUUCUAUUUUCCGACAUCAAGGAAAGUUUUCCUGGAUCUAUUUUCCUUUUAAGAAGCUCAUUAAGAAGCUGCAGAGCAGCUCUCCGUCUGAAGGAUAUUUCCUCCGUCACAUGUUUUGAAGGUGGAUUUCUGCAAAUGAUUUUCAGGGAAGUUUUCCUCUGAGCUCCACAGAAGAGACGGAAACUAGACGCUGCGAGGAGGUGACGUGAGGACAAAACAGUCUGUGUGUGUGUGUGUGUGUGUGUGUGUGUGUGUGUGUGUUAAAGGGCAUGAGAGUGUAUUUUCACAGGACCUACAGACUUUUAGAGAAAUCCAUUGUUUGUGUGUGAGGUUGUGUGUAUUCUCAUGUUUCAUUGCAUGUGAGUGUGUGUGUGUGUGUGUGUGUGUGUGUGUGCACGUGUGUGUGUGUGUCCAGAUGCCACACUGCCCUGCAGACGCCCGGACACCCACAUCACACAGUGGGAUGGUGACUCGGCUGCUCCUCAGUUAUUUCCUGUUGCUCAACAUUUGCUGACUCGCUGUGAGAAAAUAAAUCAACCAGUCUCGGCAUGAAACAACGAAACCGCAGAUAUUUCUCAUGGAAACGCUGCGGAGCCAAGAUGGAGGUCAGACCAGUCGACUCUCGGCCUCAGGAACAUGCCGCUCUGAUUGGAUGAUUAUGAACUGCACUCUUCUUCUUCUGUCUUAAGAUAGUCUGAGUUUUUGACGAGGAGCCGUCGGGUUUUCAAGGACAGGAACAAAGAAAAAGGUCUGAAUGACACAGAUCUCGGAUUACAGCAGUGAUUCUGAAUUUCUGCAAAGGAUCAUGGGAGAUUUGAAGGCACAACUGCCCAUUGAAAGCCUGGUUUCUAUCUGGUGUUGCAAGAUACGCUGACGAUGGAACUUAUUAUCUGUUAAAACAAAUUCAGUUGUGUGUGAGCGGAACAUUUUCUAACUGUCGAACUAAAACCGUCACAUUUAGUAUUUUGUCCAGGAUCUGGUGUUUUGGAGUCUGGGGUUUCUAGUUGAACCACUUUUUAUCGGAGUGUUCAGCAGCUAUUCAGAAGAACCUCAGACACUUUUUGGCAGAGGAGGAUUUCGCGACCUCACAGCCGCCAUGCUUCCUGGAGGACUGGUGUCGGGCGGAGGGGGUCGCGGCGGCCGGCUGUGCCUGCUCCGGUGGCUCGGCCUCCGGCUGUGGUCGCGUCGCGGGACCCUGGUGUUCGCUCUGCUCUGGUUCGGCUCCUGGUUGUUCCUGAACGGCCUGGUCCUGGUCCACAGGAGCAUCAUGUCCGACUACUGCACCGACGACAAGAGCAAGAGGAUCCUGCAGAGACUGUGUCUGGAGUUCGGCGAGGGCUCGGUGACGGGGGACAUGUGCGAGGAUCUGUGUGUGCUCGGCCACGUCGAGUACAAGCGCUGCCUCUACUACGAGAACGGGAAGAAGGUGAUCGAGGCGCGCUGGAGAGGAAACCCCAUCAUCCUCAAGUCCAAACUGGAGAACUUCUCCUCCUACGAGCCACUGGGAAUACUGGAAUACCAGGACACGGCAGAGGAGCUCUCUCCUCUCGAUGUGGUUUUCUACGCCACUCUGGAAGUACGAAACUCCCUGGGGCUGGCUGAGGAGGACGAGGAUGAGGAAGGAGGAGGAGGAGGAAGUAACGGCUCUCUGGCCAGACUUUGGGGGAAGAAGCUGAAACACAGAGACAAGAGUUACUCCAGAGCAGAGCUGGCCUCCCUCUGGUCCCUGUUGCAGCAGGAGGAGUACACCUUCCUCAGAGUCCUGCAGGACCUCAGCACCCACGUGGCCAAGGUGUUGGGCUCCUGCGGUCACUUCUACGCGGUGGAGUACCUGUCUGCGGGACACGCCUGGGACCAGAACAUCUUCUCCCUGGAGGAGGUGGCUGCUCCCGGGCCGCAGGGUCAGGACCGGGCCGGAGCCCGCGGGAGGUGGACCAGCAGGGAGAUGGUGCACCGCAUCGCGCUGAGCUUCCUGGACAUGGUGUGGCACUUUGACAACGACUUCACACACAAACUGCACCUGUGUGACAUCAAACCGGAGAACUUCGCCAUCAGGAAGGACCUGACGGUGGUGGCCAUCGACGUGGACAUGGCGUUCUUCGAGCCGAAGAUGAGGGACAUCCUGGACCAGAACUGCAGCAGCGAUGACGACUGUAACUUCUUCGACUGUUCGUCCAGGUGUAACCUGAACAGACGCAGGUGCAGCCCCCGCCGCAGGAACAGCAACCUGCAGGUGAUCUGUGAGAAGAUUUUCCGGCCGUGGUUUUCUCCAACUCUGCUCGGGGCCAAAGCAGGACUCCCUCUGCAGGUGGAGCUGCAGCGAGCGGUGCAGGAGUGUUCAGAAACAGAGGGAGGUGUGGAGGAAAGAGAAGAGGACGGAGGAGGAAGAGGAGGAGGCGGCAGAGACAUCCAUCAGCGUCUGCUCAACAUCCUGACCCGCCUCCUCCAUGAGGGAGGGGCUUCAGGUGAAGGAGGAGGGGCGUGGGAGGAGAAAGGCCACGUCCACACAGCGCUGAACUUCUGAGGAGGUGAAAGGAAGUCCAUGAGCGACGGAGACGCUCUUUAGUCUUCAUACAGGAAUAAGGACGUAGACGUUAAUGCACCUUCCUGUAGCAACGCUCAUCCUGGGAUCCAGUGAACCCGCUGGAGAAAACACAUACACUUGUUUACAUGUUGGCUGAAGGCAAACAAUUCAUCCACUGACCCAUCGCAGGUCCAGAGCCGCCGGUUGAGCCACAGUCACUUCCACAAAAUCAGAGUAACAGGACGGAGAUUCCUUCAAGGUCUGGACCAUUUCAGAGACAUAAUCAGUCCAAAUACAAACUAUAAAUCCAGACACCACAUGGACAAAGGUCCAAAGAAGACUAGACUUUGUUUCCCGGUGUCCAAUCCAUCACUUUGGGUUUCAUCACAGCGAAUGUGGAAGCAUGCAGCGAAGCCUUAAGUGUGUUCUCGUCAGGAACAUGUUGUGGAUCCUCUCUGAGGUUUUCUUCAUUUACUAAACCAGUUAGUCUCAGUGAGAUUUAAAAACUCUCUCUCGUUUGAAGAGAGCCUGUAGUCAGAAAACAGAUGUACAUAAAGCUGUAGGUCGACCGUAACCGUGAGAAGUAACAUUUAUUAAUGAAGUUAAAUUCUGGUUUCAUAGUUGAAUCGUCCGCUGUCAUUUCUUAGGCUUUAAGUUUGACAGUUCACUGGUGAGUUGUGAGGUUUUCACCCAUGACUUAGUCACUGACAUCGUCCAGCUGAACUAUUUCCAUUCCUUUUUUAAUUCUCUAAAAUGGUAAAAUUCUCAUAAAUGAUAAAUAUGAAGCUGCAGCCAGCAGUCAGUUAGCUUAGCUUAGCCUAGCAUAUAUACUGGAAACAGGGGGAAACAGUUAGCCUGGCUCUGUCAACACCGAGCAGAGAGAGAAGCUCACACGUUGAACACAUAAUAUCUUCUUAAUUUAUUUUUGUGUUUACAUCAGCAGCUGGACGGCUUCAUUUUAACACACAGUAGAUGUGUAGAGACCAAACGGCCUCUGCAGGGCCGGGCUUCUGUAAACAGACUAAGUAUAGGUGAAGUUUGUUUUCAUAUGUACAGUUCAGAAUAAUAAAAUCUGUAAUGACG